AUGCCCAAAGAAAAAUACGAGCCCCCUGACCCUCGGAGGAUGUACACAAUUAUGUCCUCUGAGGAAGCAGCAAAUGGAAAGAAAUCACAUUGGGCAGAACUUGAAAUAAGUGGAAAAGUAAGAAGCUUAAGCUCAUCUUUGUGGUCCCUAACUCACUUGACAGCUUUGCAUCUGAGUGACAAUUCCCUGUCCCGCAUUCCUUCAGACAUUGCCAAGCUUCACAAUCUGGUGUAUCUGGACCUGUCAUCUAAUAAAAUUCGUAGUUUACCUGCAGAACUCGGAAACAUGGUAUCACUCAGGGAACUCCAUUUAAAUAACAACCUGUUACGAGUUCUACCUUUUGAGCUGGGAAAGCUGUUUCAGUUGCAGACUUUAGGCCUGAAAGGAAAUCCACUUACCCAGGAUAUAUUGAACCUCUAUCAGGAACCAGAUGGAACAAGAAGGCUACUGAACUAUUUGCUUGAUAAUUUGGCAGGUACUGCAAAAAGAAUUUCAACAGAUCAGCCACCUCCAAGAUCUUGGAUUAUGUUACAAGAACCAGACAGAACAAGACCAACUGCCUUAUUUUCUGUCAUGUGCUAUAAUGUUCUUUGUGAUAAAUAUGCGACCCGGCAGUUAUACGGCUACUGUCCAUCAUGGGCACUAAAUUGGGACUACAGGAAAAAGGCCAUUAUUCAAGAAAUCUUGGGCUGUAAUGCUGAUAUCAUAAGUCUUCAGGAGGUUGAAACGGAACAGUAUUACAGUUUUUUUCUGGUAGAACUGAAAGAACGAGGCUAUAGUGGAUUCUUCAGUCCUAAGUCUAGAGCUCGGACAAUGUCAGAACAAGAAAGAAAACAUGUUGAUGGCUGUGCAAUAUUCUUCAAGACAGAAAAAUUUACUUUGGUUCAGAAACACACUGUUGAAUUUAAUCAGCUAGCAAUGGCAAAUUCAGAAGGGUCUGAAGCUAUGCUGAACAGAGUCAUGACAAAAGAUAACAUUGGAGUUGCAGUACUGCUAGAACUUCGAAAGGAAUUGAUUGAAAUGUCAUCUGGAAAGACACAUCUUGGAACAGAAAAACAACUUAUUCUUGUGGCUAAUGCUCAUAUGCAUUGGGAUCCUGAAUAUUCUGAUGUGAAGUUGGUACAAACUAUGAUGUUCCUCUCAGAAGUAAAGAACAUUAUUGAUAAAGCCUCUCGAAGCUUCAAGUCCAGUGUAGUGGGAGAAUUUGGAACUAUUCCACUUGUCUUAUGUGCAGAUCUUAAUUCUUUGCCAGACUCUGGUGUGGUAGAAUAUUUGAGCACUGGUGGAGUAGAAACAAAUCAUAAAGAUUUUAAGGAGCUGAGAUAUAACGAAAGUCUUACAAACUUCAGCUGUCAUGGGAAAAAUGGAACGACGAAUGGAAGGAUCACUCACGGUUUCAAGUUGAAGAGUGCCUACGAGAAUGGCCUGAUGCCUUACACAAAUUAUACAUUUGAUUUCAAGGGUAUAAUUGACUACAUCUUCUAUUCUAAACCUCAGCUGAACACUUUAGGCAUUCUGGGACCUCUGGACCACCAUUGGCUACUUGAGAACAAUAUCAGCGGCUGUCCACACCCACUCAUCCCCUCUGACCACUUCUCACUUUUUGCACAACUGGAGCUUUUACUGCCUUUCCUUCCCCAAGUCAACGGCAUUCACCUUCCUGGCAGGAGGUAG